UUGAUUGGUUUGCGAUGCAUGCUUUGAUUGCAUUGAGCAUCAUUAUUGCUUCUAGAGGACUUCUCGGAUAUCUUGUUCCAUCAAGAAUACUCCAAUAGCCACAUCAACAGCCUAGGAUAUCAACAACAAUCAAAACUUGUCCUGUGGCUUUGCAGAGAAGUGGUUGUGAGAGCAUUUCCUGGACAAGAUUGCGGCGCAUAAGCGUACCACGAUUGACGCUCCGGUUACACUGAUGUCCGACCCUGCAUCCGUGUCCGACCGUUGUGUACAUAUGACAUGACGACCGCCUGUCACUCAACUAGCAUCUUCUUAGCGACUCCCUGAAAAUGCAGGUCCGCCAGUCCCCCAAAGCCAAAGUCCCGGCAAGCCAAAACAGCAUCAAUUGGCCACCAACGUCGCCGCUCGAAGCUCUCCUCAGCUCGCCAAACGGAAAACGACGCUGGCAAGAACACAAAGAUCGCAUUGCUCAGGAUCGCGACCGUGACGUCUCACCUUCCCCUCGCAAACAACCACCCUCUUCCAGUAGGGCUCUUCAAGACAUCAUGGCAAUGUCCGAUGGCGACAGCGACGACGAUGAGGAAACACUCCAACUUCGCCUCCAAGCCAUCCAGGCCAGACUUAAACUGAAAAAGCUGCAGAAGCAAAAGUCGUCGCAAAACACCCACGACGAUGAAUCGAGACCAAGUUCGGAAAACUCAAACUCGCCGCGAAAGAGACAAAAGACACAUGCAGCCGCCUUUGAACCGGCCGUUCAAGUCAGCGUAUCGCCCAUCAAGAGCCACAUGCCGCCUCCUUCAACGCAUGGCCCCACUUCGCCAGCACGCAUACUCCUCGGUAUCGACAAAGGUCUCAGAGCCGCCGACGUUUCAUUGAAAAGAGCUAGGAAUGGUUCAACCCUGCCGAACAAGACAGUAGUCCGUUCAAAUAUACCUGUGGAACCCGAAAGGCCAAAGCAGAGCUUCAGCGAACGCAUCGCUGCCAAUCGCCUUACCACCGAACAACAACAAGCCAAACACGAGAGAAUCGAAAAGUCGAGGUCCCAAGGUUUCGGACUUACUGCUCAAGCGACUCCUCGUGCAAGUCGUGAAAUAACACAACCGAGAACUCAAUUGCCUCGUACACAAAGCGACAGAGCGACCAGACAGUUACCUUCUGAGAACAGCAACAGCAGUUUCAGCCGUUCGAUCCCCACCUCUUCAUCUUCGCAAAGUCCAUUCGUAGCUCAGCGUGCUCCACAACCUUCUGCAGCAUCCACAGAAGUCAGAGGUCGUUCCUUCCGUCCGACUGUCGUCUUCUCUCACGACGACACACCCACUUCUACCGAACCUGCUACGGAUGGAUCUUGUUUCGAGAGCUUUUCGUCGCUUCACCUUUCUAAGCGGAAGCUACCACACACUACUCUGGCUAGAGCUUUGGACGGCAAGGAGGUCUACACGUUGCCCCGCUUGCUGAAAGAAGUCAAGGCACCGCUAUAUGAGCCUCCAUAUUGUGAGACUGACUUUGUUGUGCUGGCCAUCAUUGCAUCAAAGUCAUCUCCAUACGAUACACGACCCAAGCACAAGCAGAACUCUUCCGUCGAGGAUGAUAACUCCGGCCCGACAAAGUUCAUGGUCAUGACGCUUACGGAUCUGAAGUGGGAGAUCGAUCUGUUCCUCUUUGACACAGCAUUCGAGGCUUUCUGGAAGAUGACUCCUGGAACCGUAGUUGCCAUGCUUAAUCCGACCAUCAUGCCUCCAAAGACAAACCAACACUCUGGCAAGUUCAGUCUAAAGCUUGCUAGCUCAGAAGACUCCUUUAUGGAAGUUGGCUCGGCUCGAGACCUCGGUUUCUGCACGGCUUUGAAGAAGAACGGACAAGAAUGCCACUCCUGGGUCAACGCUCGCAAGAACAAAUUCUGCGACUUCCACGUCGAGCUCGCGGUUAGUAAGACGAGAGCAUCACGUAUGGAGGUCAACACAAUGUACAGGCCGAACAGCGAACACCAGAAGGGCUCCCACGUACUCCCCAAUGGCUAUUCCAAGCGCAGACAAGACCCGAUGAAGAAAGACUGGGAAAGCAAUGAGCGAUACUUUAUGGGUCCGGGCUCACGUACCGCGGCUUCCCUCCUCGAUCAAGACGACCAUGGUAAAGCCGAUGCAUUGCGUCGCCGCCUAAAGGAUAAAGAGAAGGACCGACUGCUUGCUGAGAAGUUGGGUCAGCUGGGAAAUGGUCUUGGAGCUGAAUACUUGAGAAGCACAACAGGCACCAGCAACCAAAAUACUGCGCUGGACAACACAAAUGAGGAUGCACCCCCAUACAAGCCUACCGCAGCUGAGCUCGGUCUGAUCAACAAAGACGCCUCGAAGAUUCGCCUUAGUCCGGCGAAGAACCGUCGGAAGCUUUUUGCUGUACUCCCUGGCGGAACUAAAACGACCGCGGCGGGUCCUGAUGCCAUGGGUUGGGGCGGCUACGCAAGAAGAGGUCUAGGGGAGUCUUCUCGGAAGCGCGACAUCAGUCCUGAAAAGGGACAGACCAAGCUUGACACACAUACACGUCCUAGCUCUAUCGGUUCCUCGAUUGCUGGCGCAGGCGCUGGCACUGGUGAGAAGAGCCCAAAGAAAGCUAGGUUUCAGCUCGCUCAGGGUAUUCGGGAGCCUGGACGUGACAGCCUUGGUAAGGGUAGAGUCCUGAUGCCGGUCGACAGCGAUAGUGAUGAUCUGGAAAUCAUCUGAACAUCCAUGCUGCAUACAUCUACGUAACAGCGAUACCUUCCGUUCUCUCUGGCAGCCUCGAUAUCUCUUACUGAGGACUGCUUCACAUUGCUCUUCCACGAUACCCAUACCUCGUUCGACAUUCUCAUAUUGUGCCACGUCAAAAUACACUGCCUGGUACAUUUGAAUCGUUGAAGCUUCAACCGAUGACUGCCCUGCUUUUGUCUCCGGCUAUGAUCGAGCUUACAUGACUUACCUCACCACUAUAUUCAGCAAUAGUACUGUAAGAGACUCGGACUGCGGGCUCAUCUCAAUCAAAAUC